AGAGCCGGUGGAGAGCAUUUCAAAAGGUGUCAUCAUUUUUUAUUGGAAAAAGUACAGCUUGGUGGCUCAUAUCAUGCGCACAGGACUCCGCUGAUUAAUGUCUUGAAUGAUGUUUUUCGAGAACUCUGCAUGGAUGAAGCAACAAAGUCGUGGGACCUCAGCUUUAAUUCCUAUGACUCCCAAGAAACCGCAGCAGUGGCUGCAAGUAGUUGGACAUGCAGGAAGUUUUCAUGUUGGGGAUUAUGGCACGUUGCUGAAGAGGUUUUGUGAGGGGGAGCAGCAAUGUUACCUCAGAUUGAUGGAGGACUCUCUGAAGCCCUUUGUUCCAGCUUACCACGGUGUGGUGCAGCGGGAUGAGCAGGAUUACAACAUGAUGGAUAACUUACUGACCCACUUCGACACACCGUCCAUCAUGGACUGCAAAAUGGGCACGCGCACAUACCUCGAGGCGGAGCUGGCGAUUGCUCGAGAACGGCCUCAGCCUCGUAAAGACAUGUAUGAGAAGAUGGUGGCUGUGGACCCAGAGGCCCCAACGGUCCAGGAGCGAGCCCAGCAGGCAGUGCUGAAGACCAGGUACAUGCAGUGGAGGGAGACGCUGAGCUCCACAACAACUCUGGGUUUCCGUAUUGAAGGAUUUAAGAAAGCAAGUGAAGAAUGUCACACAAACUUCAAAAGGACCAAAAGCAGAGAUCAAGUGAGGGAAGCUCUGGAGAACUUUGUGGACUCCAAUGCAACCAUUGUGUGGGGCUAUCUGAGACGGCUCAAACAAUUGCGGCUGGUCUUGGAAGCGUCAGAUUUCUUCAAAGCACAUGAGGUUGUGGGCAGUUCCUUACUGUUCGUGCAUGACUGGACAGGCAGGACAGGAGUGUGGAUGAUUGACUUUGGAAAGACGGCCGCCUUGCCAUCACACCUUACGUUGGACCACCGCACUCCCUGGGUGGAGGGCAAUCGAGAAGAUGGUUACCUGUGGGGUCUGGACAACCUCAUUGAAAUACUGACCAAUAUGCUACCAGUGACGUGAACGCCAGUCUGAAAAUGUGUUGAAAUAGGAUCUCAGUCCCUCCUUCGCCUCUCUUAAGUGCAGAUUGAUUGCAGAUGGACUGCCCUCUGAAAAUGGUUGUUGGAAAAGGACUAUUGGGGAAAAAAAGGUUACAAAUGGAAAUGGUGAUAAGAUGUGAUCUGUUAAAAGAGCACAUUAAGCAAAAUGUGUUAACGACUAAAAUAAUUGCAGAUUUGUUUCAUAAAUUAGGCACAGAAUAAUGCUCAAAAGGCAAUAACUGUGGAACCUUUAAGCAAUCUGACACUGAGACACUGUGUGCUAAACAUCCUCUCAGUCUCCAGCCUUGUCUGAACCCACUAUCUUGAGAUGGUCAUUAUUUCAAAAAACACAUGGAUUAAUAAGCUAAAAACAUGGCUGCCCUCUUUAGCUCCAGAUGAAUGGAUACGUAUUAUCCAGUAUCAUUACAAUGGUGCUAAAACUAUGAUGCUUUAAAGUGGACUUAUUUUCUGCAUUUCAUUACAGUAACUUACAUAACUUAAUCAUAUGUCUGUGCAUACUUUGUGCGUUGUUUGCCUCACUGGUUGAAUCAAUACCUGACAAAGUUAAAAUGCAUCAUAGUUUGGAUAGUAAGAUGCGUUCACAGUCACACAUUAGAUGUUCAUGUUAUGCAUAUAGUAGAAACCAAUAUUAUGCAGGGUUUUUCUUGUGGUCCAACUAGAUUAAACCUGCUCACAUACAAAAUUAUCAGGUUAAUAGCUUAAUCUAUAUGUUGAUAUUAUUUUUUCCAAUACUAAUUCUAUUCUUGGUUCUUUUAUUUUGAAAGCAGAUUUUGGUAUGGGAAUUGUUUUUUAACACAGACUGUAUAUAACAUUUGUGAGCUUUUAGCCUCCUUGUAAACAGCUACAUUGUGUCCAGCUGCCAAUCAACUCAGCCAUGCCCCUAAUUAUGCAAAUUGAUGUAUAACCCUCGCCCUGUAUAUUAUCUUAAAGAUAUGCUUCCCCCCCUCCUGCAGUGUGUCACAAUAAAGAAUUGACAUUCACACUCA